AUGAGUUACAUAGCUUGGGUACAGCGGAUGACUCUCAUCAUUGUGUGGCGUAUUAUUUUUUCUAGUGCUCAAUCAGGAUUUCUCAGCAUUGAUUGUGGUGCAAAAACUAAUCACAUAGAUGAAAGAAAUAUAAAAUGGGUGACAGAUGAUAAUUACAUAGACUUGGGUCAGAAGGUGGUCAUAGAAGACUCUAGUUUGCCAGCUUACCAGCAAAGCUUGCGAGUCUUCCCGCACCCUCUCAACAAGUCUUGUUAUCAAUUGCCCAUCACCCCGAACGUCCCCUACCUUUUCAGAAUAAGGUUUUAUAAAGGCAAUUACAGCGGAGUCCCAGAAUUACCAAUCUUUAAGUACUCGAUUGAGACGACGGAUAUGUUGUCUGUGGCAAACAUAAUAUUUCAAACUCCACAGGAAAACAAAACGGGCGAGAGGAUCUUUAUUACUUCUGCCAAGAUGCUUUAUAUUUGCCUGAUCCGUACGUCAGAGCUUCAUAAUCCUUUUAUCUCUGCCAUGGAAUUGAGAACCCUUCGACAAGGAAUGUAUCAUCAAGUAAAGCCGGGCACAAUGCUACGUAUGGAAGCAAGAUAUGAUGCAGGGGGGAAAUCUAUAAUCAGGUAUCCUCAAGACCAAUUCGAUCGCCUUUGGUUUCCCUUUCCUGUACAAGGACUCCAGGAUAUUACGUUGCAGGAGACAAUCUCAACUAACAACACCCAAAACCUUCCUCCAUCUGCUGUUAUGCAUACUGCACUUGCUGCACCUGCCAACCAGAACACCAUAACUCUCAAUUUCAGCAUAUUAAAAAACCCUUUACUGCUUCUCUAUUUUGCAGAGAUCGAAAUACUUAACGUCUCUGAGUCAAGAAAUUUCCUGGUUCUGGAAAAUAAUGCUUUCACAUUGGCAAACAUUAGUCUGGAAAGAAAUUAUUCUGCCAUAGAAGUUGGGUUCACUUUUGUAGAAAGGCCAUUGUUUACGGUAGCUCUGUACAGUCCAAGCAACUUCAGCACAGGUCCUCUGAUCAACGCUUUUGAGUACUACGGGCUACUUUUCAGCGAACCUCAAACUUCUACAUGGGACGUUGCUGCUCUGGCCGCUGUGAAAGAGCAUUUUGAAAUAAAAGAGUGGGUUGCAGAUCCUUGUUUUGGUCUUCCGUGGGAAGGAAUAAACUGCAGUAACAGUACUACAGCUGUCAGAGUUUUGGCUAUAGAUUUGUCCGGAAAAAAUCUGACAGGAUCGAUACCCACAAGUAUUGCGCAGAUGACUGAACUCAUUAACAUAUCAUUCGCCAAUAACAAUUUGAGUGGAGCCUUCCCAAAUUUUUCGAAUUUAUCGAGGUUGGAGAGACUGCAUCUACAAAAUAACAACUUGAAUGGAGAAAUUCCAGAUUGGCUAUCACAACUCCCAAAUCUUAAAGAGCUAUUCAUAGAGAACAAUAAUUUUAGUGGUGUACUUCCUCAGCAUCUUCUGGAUAAGAGCUCAUUAAAACUUAAAUAUAAUGGCAACGCGUUCCUUUGUAUGAAUAAACAAGAUUGUGUACCCUCCAUGAUUUCAACCCGCUCCAACUCAAAGCCUAAACGGAUAAAAGUGGGGAUUGUUAUGGUACUUAUAGCUAGUGGAAUAGUAGUAAUCGCUUUACUCUUGUUGGUAAAUCUGAUUGUGUAUCGAAAGAUAUUUAGGAAAAAAGCGAUUACCAAUGCAAAUGUUAAAAGCAGAGCUUCAGAAAGGAAAUCGUUAUAUCCUAAUAGCGAAGGUUGGGUUUUUAUUCGUGAUUUCCACUACUCAAUUAUUACGGUGCCAAACCCAUCAAAAACUCGGGCUUUUACUCGAGAGGAGAUGAUGACAGCAACCGAAAAUUUCAGCUACAAGAUCGGCCGUGGUGGUUUUGGAUCUGUGUUUUGGGGUAAAUUGCCGGAUGGAAAACAAAUAGCAGUAAAAGUUCUCUCUCUUUAUUCCAAGCAAGGAGCUGUAGAGUUUCUAAACGAGAUUGAUCUUCUGUCGAGAGUAAAUCAUAGGAACUUGUUGCAUUUACUCGGUUACUGCAAUAAAUGCAAAGAGUUGAUGCUUGUAUAUGAAUACAUGGUUGGAGGAUCUCUAAUGGACCACCUUUAUGGGAAGUAUUCCAAUCUAGAUUGGAAAUCCAGGCUUCAAAUAGCUUUAGAUGCAGCCCAAGGACUGGAGUACCUGCACGUUGAUUGCACACCAAAAAUAAUUCACAGAGAUAUAAAGACUGCCAACAUUCUUCUAGACGACAAUUUAAAUGGAAAACUGGCAGAUUUCGGUCUUUCAAGACUAACAAUCGAUGGAGAGGCUUCCCAUGUGGCCACUACAGUGAAAGGAACAGUUGGAUACCUAGAUCCCGAGUAUUUUCAUACGCAAAUGUUGACAGAGAAGAGUGAUGUGUAUAGUUUUGGGGUGCUUUUGUUAGAGAUGAUAUGCGGCAGGCCAGCUAUAGAUACAAGUCUUUCUGACCAGGAAAUGAGUCUCAUUAGAUGGGUCAAACCGUUAUUUGAGAUAGAAGAUCAUUUAAACAUUGCAGAAAUAGUGGACAAAGGACUGGGUGAUGAUUACAGCAUAAAAUCUGUUGUGCAUGUGGGUAAGCUAGCCAUUAGAUGUGUUGAAUCUAAGCCAUCGUCUAGGCCCAGUGUAAGCAGAGUUGUGAUAGAAUUGAAAGAGGCUGUGGAAUAUAAUGCAGUUAGUGUGGACCUUUCUGAAGAAAUUGAUAUUGAUUAUGGAGAUCACACUAGCCUGUCCUCUCCAUUAGAUUGCACUGGAAGUAGACCAUCAUUUUAA